GCAACUAAUAAAAAUAUGUAAGACUGUUUUGAAAAUUAAACCAGAAAUCUUUCUAGCAGUUAUCAGGUUAACCAUUUUUAACAAUCUGCAGGGAACUGUCAAGCAAUAAAAAAGCAGCCUGAGGCAAUGCUUAUCUGACCUCGGUAUCUGAGCAGCAUUUGGUCCUACUUUUCCUCCAUGCCCAGAGACAGCUUUUUUUGUUUUAGUACACAAAAGUUAGAUCUGAUUGCUUAAAUUCAUGCUAAUAUCAGUAUUAAUGCUGGCAUAAAAGUGAAUGGCUAUGGCAAAUACUUUGAAGUUGGUAAUAAUGCCCUCACUACCUCAAGGUGAAAAUGCUUAAGAAAAAGCUUGAGCUCAAUGAAGUAGCAGUGCAUUAAGCAUGAUUUGGGAGCAUUUCUGCAAAAUCAUAUGGGGUAGUCAGGUCUCAGCCAAUGCUCUGAAGUAGUCAUAAGAUGAGCUUUGGGUUUUAGGAUGGUUUGUAAACCCUUCUUAGCCGUCUGUAGGUUGCUCAGCUUUGUCAAGUGUUUUAUAACUGGAACAUGCCAGAACUGCUGAUAUCACCUGUCCGAUACAGUAUCUCCUAAUAGAGGGUGUCUCUUCUUCUUAAUAUUGUUCCCUUAGUGGUUUUCUAAUAUCAGUAUGUAAAGUUGAAGCAAAGCAGCUGCCAGGCAUUAUUGCAACACAGUAAGAUGGGAGGAAACACUUACAGGCAAAAGAUGUAUCAGGUGGGAAGAGCUCAAUUUUUUUUUUUUCCUAAAGGUGUUUCUUAAGAGAGCUGUCCUUGGUCUUUCAGUUACAGCUGUACCAAGACAAAAAGUGAAUGCUUGACUGGUUAACUUCUUUCUUCUGAAGAAACAUACUAAUCAUAAUAAAUUACGUUCUUACUCGGGUAUUUCUCUGUUUCUUCUAGAAGCAGAUCAGUGCGUGUCAGUUCAUCAUUAUCAGUUGUAGCAAAUGUUUCUGCGUGGGUAUUUAUCUGUGUGUACUGUGUUGAAGGAAUAUAUUUAGCAAAAGGAAGUAAUGAUGUGCAUAUGAAAAAGUUGAAUAGUGUAUUUUUAAGACUUUGGUAUUUAAGGGAGAAGAUAUGAUGCUCAGCUGGUAAAUUAGGUGUCAUUUGUAUAAGGGGUUUGAACUUGUACAGAUGUGAUCGUUGUUAGAAAGAUCAUUUGCAGCUUUGGCAGGAAUUGUGUGUGCAUGCAUUUGUCAUCCAGCCACAUGGUUUGGCUUUCCCCCUCUCUGAAAGGCUUUGAUUUGCGAGCAUGAAGGAAUAGAGAUGUGUGUCUUCUUCAAAGCGAGGAAGGUAGUUUUUGUUAAAGUUUUGAGUGCCAUCUUUGAGAAAAGGUGUAUUUUGUAGUAAUUCAGUAUUCCCUUAAUACAAGAAAUAAGCAAUAGUGUAAUUUUAAUCUAGGAGGAGUGCUGUAAAUUAAGGACUAUGCUCUCUUGGUAUUUUUUUUCCUCUCCAUUACAUAUAAAUAUGUACUUAUCCAGGUAAAAUAAGCCACUAUGUCUUCAUUUCUAAAGCAAUACAAGGUGCCACUGUAGUUUUUAAGGCUGGACUUGUGCUAUAAAAGAUACCAUAGCAAUGUUUAAUAUUAUUUUAUCUCAAAUUACUUCUGCCUUUUUUGCUAUAUCAAAACAUAUUAAGCCUUUUUAGUGUUGAAAUGGUUGAUUAAUAUUUUUUUUUCCUAUUUAGAAUCAUGAUACCAGGUACUUUAGUAGUAAUGGAAAUGUAAAUACAUGUGUUUGUUUUGUGUGUGUGUAUAUUUACAUUUAAGAAUGGAAAUGGAAUAUGAAGUUGCAGCUUUCCAAAGGAAGAAUUAUCUUGUGAUUGGUUUCCCAUAUACCCAUAUUUCUGAAAAUGCCCAGGAAUGGGGAUGGCUGGCAAAUGGCGUUUAAGUGGGGUGCAGCUUGACAUUUUAGCUAGAGCAGCCUUGAUGGUUCAAUGAAGAUGAGGAAGACAAUCCUGCCUUUAGCUGUGGGUUCCCGCCAUUUCUUGUCUCCAACAAACAAGCAGAGAGAGAUCAAAUGCUCUGGUUUUUGAAGGUUUAUCUUUUUGUUGGUUUAGCUCUGUGACUUGACUCUCUGCAGGGCUGGGUGAACUCGUGUCAAACUAAAGAGGGGUAGCAGAAAUGCAGGGGGAUGGAAGAGAAGCUGCAGCCUGCAGAAAUACUUUGCUGUUGGGUUAGUUUGGCUCUACUGUAAGAUGUCACCUGUGUUGGUAAAGAGUGGUUGUGUUCUAAGUUUGUGGCUAGGUCAAUCUGCAUAAUUUGAUAUGCUCUGGCCUGGCUGUUUCCAAAGCGUGGAUUUUAGAGGUUGUCUUGGAGUGGAGUAGAGACCAGUAUCAUGUUAUGUUUGAUUCGUACAGAGACAACGUUGCUGGCAAAUCAUUUCAGAAUCGGCUUUGUUUACCCAUGCCGAUUGAUGUGGUAUACACCUGGGUGAAUGGCACAGAUGUUGAACUGAUCAAAGAAUUGCAACAGGUCAGAGAACAGAUGGAGGAAGAGCAGAAAAUAAUGAGGGAAAUCCUUGGAAAGAAUGCAACAGAACCAACAAAGAAGAGUGAGAAGCAACUGGAGUGUUUGUUGACACACUGCAUCAAAGUGCCAAUGCUUGUCUUGGAUCCUGCACUGCCUACCAACGUGACACUGAAAGACCUGCUGUCCAUUCAUCCUGCUUUACAAGCUGCUAACAAUAUGUUCUUUGUAGCAAAACCAAAAAAUCCUUCUACCAAUGUGACAGUAAUUGUUUUUGAUAGCCCUAAGGAUGUUGAAGCUGCCCAUUCUGGAAUGUUAAAAGACAACAGCAAACAGAUAGUAUGGAGGGGUUACUUGACUACAGACAAAGAAGUUCCAGGUCUAGUAUUAAUGCAAGACUUGGCCUUUCUUAGUGGAUUUCCAGCUACAUUCAAAGAAACAAAUCAGCUACGAACAAAACUACCGGAGAGCCUGUCUUCUAAAGUAAAACUGUUGCAGCUCUAUUCAGAAGCCAGUGUGGCUCUCUUGCAACUGAAUAACCCCAAGGGCUUCCAAGAACUAAGUAAGCAAGCAAAGAAGAACAUGACUAUAGAUGGGAAAGAAUUGACGCUUAGUCCUGCUUAUUUACUAUGGGACCUCAGCUCUGUCAGUCAGUCCAAACAGGAUGAAGAUAUAUCUGCCAGCCGUUUUGAAGAUAAUGAAGAGCUGAGAUACUCAUUACGGUCAAUAGAGAGGCACGCCCCUUGGGUACGACACAUUUUCAUUGUCACUAAUGGACAGAUUCCUUCCUGGCUUAACCUGGAUAAUCCUCGGAUAACUAUAGUAACACAUCAGGAAAUAUUUCAGAACCUGAGUCACUUGCCUACCUUCAGUUCACCAGCUAUUGAAAGUCAUAUUCAUCGUAUCAGUGGCCUCUCUCAGAAGUUUAUCUAUCUCAAUGAUGAUGUUAUGUUUGGGAAGGAUGUUUGGCCUGAUGACUUUUACAGUCACUCUAAAGGUCAAAAGGUUUACUUGACCUGGCCUGUGCCAAAUUGUGCUGAGGGAUGUCCUGGCUCAUGGAUUAAAGAUGGUUACUGUGAUAAAGCCUGUAAUAACUCAGCAUGUGAUUGGGAUGGAGGUGAUUGCAUUGGUAACAGUGGGGGUAGUCGCUAUGUUGCUGGUGGAGGUGCAGUUGGAGGUAUCGGGAAUGGACCACCAUGGCAGUUUGGUGCAGGAAUAAGUGGUGUUUCAUACUGUAACCAAGGCUGUGCUAAUUCCUGGCUAGCAGACAAAUUUUGUGAUCAGGCCUGCAAUGUCCUUUCCUGUGGAUUUGAUGCUGGUGACUGUGGCCAGGAUCACUUUGAAGAGAUGUACAAAGUGACGCUUCACCUUAAUCAGACCUACUAUGUUAUUCCCAAAGGUGAAUGUCUGCCCUACUUCAGCUUCAGUGAAAUAGCCAAGAAAGGAUUGGAGGGUUCAUACAGUGAUAAUCCAAUUAUCCGACAUGCUUCUGUUGCUAACAAAUGGAAGACUAUCCACCUCAUAAUGCAUAGUGGCAUGAAUGCAACUGUAAUCUAUUUUAACCUUACAUUUCUAAAUAAAAAUGAUGAAGAGUUUAAAAUGCAGGUAGCUGUUGAAGUUGAUACUAGAGAGGAACCAAAACUGAACACAAGUUCCAUGCAAAAAUCCAACUCUGAUUUUAAAUCUGUAACUUCAGUACCAGAAGCUGAAAUGAUAUUUGAGGAUAUUCCUGAAGAAAAACGCUUUCCAAGAGUCAGGAAGCGUCAAAAUGGCACAAAAGAGAGUGUACAUGAAGAGGUGAUAAUACCAGCAGUAAAUGUGUCUCUCCUUCCUGAAGAUGUUCAGUUAGCACUGCAGAACCUGGACCUAAAACUACUAAAUGGUGAUAUCACUCAGAAAGGAUUUAACCUAUCCAAGGCUGCUCUCCUGAGACCUUUCCAGUUCUUAACUACUGUAAAGAGUGGUACAGGCCUGGAAAAGAAUGGUGUGCAUAAUCAUUCAGAAGAUCAGAAGAACCAUACCAGCUUGCAGAAGCCUUAUAAAGAUGUAAAUGACAGCAAAAUAAAAAGAGUAAAAGCAAAUGAAGAAGUUCCCUCAAGGCUCACAGGAACAAAGGGGACUGUUGUGACAAUGAACACAAAUAAAGCUAUUUACAAACUAAAGCCUAGGUCCACAUUUCCCUCUCUGAGCAUGGGAAAUAAAAAUGAAAGUCGAGAAAAAGUACUAAAUGCACUUUUAUUAAGAGAAACCCAGAAAUCAAAACAUACUGGGAAUUUAGAUACUGGAGAAGAUGCACGGGGAGUGGAAAGAGGGAAAGAGGGUGUCCAGGUGGAUACAAAUGUAAGGGCAGGGCUAAUGGGAAGAAAAUUACAGUCUUAUGCUGGAAGUUACCAAGGCUUUUUGCCAUGGGAGAAAAAGAAGUAUUUCCAGGACCUUCUUGAUGAAGAAGAAUCAUUGCUCAAACAAAUGUCAUACUUUACUGAUGGUAAACAUUUUGGAAGGCAGCUGAAAGAUACUUUUGCUGAUUCCCUUCGAUAUGUAAAUAAGCUUUUAAACAGCAAAUUUGGAUUUACCUCUCGGAAAGUCCCUGCUCAUAUGCCUCAUAUGAUUGACCGCACUGUUAUGCAAGAGCUGCAGGAUAUGUUUCCUGAGGAGUUUGACAAGACAUCAUUUCACAAGGUGCGGCACUCAGAAGAUAUGCAGUUUGCUUUUUCAUAUUUCUACUAUCUUAUGAGUGCAGUCCAGCCACUGAACAUUUCUCAGAUCUUCGAUGAAGUUGAUACGGACCAGUCAGGCAUUUUGUCUGACCGAGAGAUUCGCACGUUGGCCACAAGAAUCCAUGAGCUACCAUUAAGUUUGCAGGAUUUGACGGGUCUAGAACAAAUGCUAAUAAAUUGCUCUAAAUCUCUUCCUGCCAACGUCACUCAGAUCCAUGUUAUCCCACCAACUCAGGAAGCAUAUUACGAUCCUAAUCUGCCUCCAGUAACAAAAAACCUAGUGACAAAUUGCAAACCUGUGACUGACAGAAUUCGAAAGGCAUACAAGGACAAAAACAAGUACAGGUUUGAAAUCAUGGGAGAAGAGGAAAUUGCCUUCAAAAUGAUUCGCACAAAUGUUUCUCAUGUAGUUGGUCAGCUGGAUGACAUACGAAAAAACCCCAGAAAAUUUGUUUGCCUAAAUGACAAUAUUGAUCACAAUCAUAAGGAUGCUCAAACAGUGAAAGCGGUGCUUAGGGACUUUUAUGAAUCAAUGUUUCCCAUACCUUCCCAGUUUGAACUGCCAAGAGAAUAUCGGAAUCGUUUCCUUCACAUGCAUGAACUCCAAGAAUGGAGGGCAUAUAGAGACAAGCUCAAAUUCUGGACCUAUUGUGUUCUAGUAACACUUAUUGUAUUUACAGUCAUCUCAUUUUUUGCUGAACAGCUAAUUGCACUUAAACGGAAGAUUUUUCCAAGGAGAAGGAUCCAAAAGAAAGUUGGUAAUGAACAAAUCAAAGUGUAGAAGAGCUUUAUUUUGGAGAUCAGUCUACCUCAAGAUGUGAAAAGCGUUUAAAAUCUUUCUCAUAAGUGUCUUUAUGGUUUUAAAUUUAACUACGUUGAUAUGAAGAAAAAAAAUCAUGCAUCUACAGUUAGAAUCUCUGCAUUACUCUUCAUGAUAUGGAAGCUGCUGGAGCUGUGACAAUGUAAAACAACAUAAAAAAUUACUUCAGAAGACCUGUACAUAGGCAGUUUUCAGCAGAUCUUACAACUGUUAGUUCAUGGCCAUGUUAUCCUUUUUUAUAAAAAGGGUUAAUUAAAGAAAUGUAGCUGCAUUUAUUGCAGUAGAUUUUGCCAACUAGAUAAAAUCUUGGAAUGCUAAGUUCUUUGGGAUCAGCCUAACAAGUCCUUGAUCUUGCAUUCCAAAACAUUUUGCAGAUUUUUGUUGCUGCUCUUUUUAGCCCUACGGGAAACCCAAGAAUUAUGUAACUUGUCAUUGAGAUUUAACAUAUGUUUAUUGAUGUUGACAUUCUUUAAAGCACAGUGACAAUUCAGCCCCCAAUUUGUAGUAUUUAAUUAGGAUUUGGAAGAAAUGUAUACUAAUAAAAAAUACACAGUAACAGAACAACUGGUGAUUAUUUGAAAGAUACUUUUAAACUUAUCUGGUGUAUAAUAUUCCAAAAAAUACGGUGGUGUUAUUUCUUGACUUGAUUACAGAGAGAGGGUUGUAAUCAAAGGAAAAUGAUUAAGGUAUAGUAUUUUACAAGUAUUGUAAAUAUAAAAGCAAAAGUGCCUCUCUAUAUGAAUGAGUAACAGAUUGUUUUAAUGUAGCAAUAUAUGGCAGCAGUGUUUCACUUCAGAAAACAAUAUUUGUACUGACAUAUGAAGCUUUGGUGUUUUUCAGCUUACCUGGGCUUGGCCCUGUGUUUUGCCGAUACAUCUGAAGAGUACAGUUUUAUGUGGGAAAUGAUACUGAAUGUUUUCAAGCAGAAAUUUUUGGUGGUGUAUCUUCAUUUAAUUGCAUCAGCAGUAUUCAAAAAAGCAUUAAUUUUUUGUAAUCGGAUGACGUACUAAACGUAUGUGCAUAUGUAUUGUAAGAUACUUGGUUUGCUUUCAAAUAAACUAUAAUGUGAUAACA